AUGUUCCUGAAGACCCACAAAACGGCCAGCUGCACCAUCCUGAACCUGCUCUACCGCUUUGGGGAGAAACACAACCUGACUUUUGCCCUACCAAAGGGUUACCAUUUUGACUAUCCCAACUUUUUCAACUCACGCAGCGUAAAGGGCUUCUGGUGGCAGAAUGGACAACACUACAAUAUGAUGAGCAGCCAUAUGAGGUUCAACCGACCAGAGGUCCAGAGUGUGAUGCCGGCAGACACCUUCUACAUUUCUAUUCUGCGUCACCCAGUCAGUUUGGCCGAGUCCUCAUUCAACUACUUUCACUUUUUGGCACCAGCCUUCAAACACUCUCCCAGUUUUGAAGACUUUAUUGCUAAUCCCUGGAAGUACUACAUACCAUACCUGCGCUUUAACCACUUGGCUCGAAAUAUGCUUUGGUUUGACUUAGGCUUUGACCACAAUGCUGAAUUCUCACUGCAGUCUGCCCAGUCCGUGGUGGCAGAAAUCCAGCAGACUUUCCAUUUCAUCCUAUUAGCCGACUACUUUGAUCAAUCAAUGGUUCUCCUUCGGGAUGCCCUCUGUUGGUCACUGGAUGAUGUUGUCACCUUUAGGCACAAUGCUCGCACUAAUGCGAAACCAAAGUGCCUGUCCCCAGCACAGGAGGAGCAAUUAAAGAAGUGGAAUGCUCUAGACUGGUAUUUAUACCAAAGUUUCAAUAAAACUUUCUGGGAGAAGGUGGAGAGGUUUGGAAAACGUAGAAUGGAUAAGGAAGUGGCCAUCCUUCAGGCCCGCCGUGAAGAACUUCAGAAUCUCUGUCUGUUGAAAGAAGGGAAACCACCAAAGGUAAAGCAGAGUCUUGGUCAAGGUGUUCAACGAUGCCAAACUGGCUAUGUCACAAUGAUGAAACACACUUUGAACUCAAACCUGAGCAUUUCAGACAAAGAACUCUGCUCACGAAUGAUCAGGGAAGAAUAUGAGUAUACAGACUUGAUGCGCAAGAAACAGUUUCCGAAGACAUAAACUUUGCCACAGCAAACUGCAGCUAAAGGGAUCAGAAGGGUUCGAGUUAAGGUCCAAGAGGCAACAAAAGUGGCCGUGUCAUUGAGCAACAGGAUAACUCCAACUAGAAGAUCACUAGAGACUUUGGAGUCCUCACUCCUCAUCAGUAGUGAUGU